CCGGCCACGCUGUCCCCGCGCCGUGAGCUCGAUGCAGCCGCAGGACGAGGCCCGCAGGGACAUGGCUGAGGAGGCCCGGUGGUCCAGGCCCGAGUGCCAGGCCUGGACAGGGGCCCUGCUGCUGGGCACCUGCCUGCUGUACUGCGCCCGCGCCAGCCUGUCCAUCUGCGCUGCCACCAUGAGCCAGGACUUUGGCUGGAACAAGAAGGAGGCCGGCAUCGUCCUCAGCAGCUUCUUCUGGGGCUACUGCUUCACGCAGGUGGCAGGCGGCCACCUCGGGGACCGCAUCGGGGGGGAGAAGGUCAUCUUGCUGUCGGCCUCCGCCUGGGGCUGCCUCACAGCCGCCACCCCGCUGCUCAGCCGUCUCGGCAGCGCCCACCUGGUCUUCAUAACCUUCUCGCGUGUCCUCACGGGCCUGCUGCAAGGGGUCUACUUCCCCGCCCUGACCAGCCUGUUGGCCCAGAAGGUGCGGGAGAGCGAGCGGGCCUUCACCUACAGCACGGUGGGCGCCGGCUCCCAGCUCGGGACGCUGGUAACUGGGGCCGUGGGCUCCCUGCUGCUGGACUGGUACGGCUGGCAGAGUGUCUUCUACUUCUCCGGAGGCCUCACCUUGCUCUGGGUGGGUUACGUGUACAGGUACCUGCUGAGUGGAAAAGACUGCGGGGCCCUGGGCGGCCCGCCAGCAGCCAGGCCGUCCAAAGUGCCCUGGAGACAGCUCUUCCGCAAGCCUUCGGUGUGGGCAGCGGUCCUCUCCCAGCUCUCCUCAGCCUGCUCCUUCUUCAUCCUCCUCUCCUGGCUGCCCACCUUCUUCCAAGAGACCUUCCCCCACUCCAAGGGCUGGGUCUUCAAUGUGGUGCCCUGGCUGGUGGCGGCUCCCACCAGUCUGCUCAGCGGUUUUCUGGCUGAUCGCCUCAUCAGCCAAGGUUACAGAACCAUCACUGUGCGCAAGUUCAUGCAGGUGAUGGGCCUCGGCCUGUCGAGCAUUUUCGCCCUGUGUGUGGGGCACAGCUCCAGCUUUCUCAAGUCUGUGGUCUUUGCCUCAGCCUCCAUCGGCCUCCAGACCUUCAACCACAGCGGCAUCUCCGUGAACAUCCAGGACCUGGCCCCAUCCUGCGCCGGCUUCCUCUUUGGUGUGGCCAACACAGCCGGGGCCUUGGCAGGUGUCGUAGGCGUGUACCUGAGCGGCUACCUGAUAGAGACCACAGGCUCCUGGACCAGCCUGUUCCACCUGGUGGCUGCCAUCAGCAACCUGGGGCUGUGCAGCUUCCUGGUGUUCGGACAGGCCCAGAGGGUGGACCUGAGCCCCACCCACGAGGCCCUUUAGUCCGUGACUCACCAGACCCUCCCUCCCUCCCAGAGCUGGCGCCCGCAGCCUCUGGGAGCUGAGGUCCCCAGGAAAAGUGCCAGGGUGGCUCCGGUCUCAGAUGUGAGAGCCAGGAGGAUGCAGAAUACAGGGCGCUGGCACACGGGGAUGGGGCAGGUGCCGGGGCCCAGAGCAGGCUGGGUCAGGGCUAGGCUUGUCCUCUCUCUGCACCUCCGCCUCCCGUCCCCAGGGGCGAUGAUCCCGACCCCCUUACAAGGCUGGCGUGACCGUCAGCUAUGAGUGGCACCCUUGACAGCAACGGCUUCGUCACUCACGCGCUCUGUUCCGCGGGACCCUGGCAUCCCUCUGUGGUGACCCUGUGGGCACUGUCACUGCUGGGCCGCCAGCUGCCGCCUCAGAGUUCCCGACUCUCCUGGCAGCCAGGCCCUCGCUGGUCUCUGGGGACCCCUGAUUUGGCCCCUAUCCUGUGGAUCCUCCAGCAGGUGCACCCUAAGCAGACAGCCGCCUGGGCACCCCUCUGGUCUGAGGCAGCUUCCAGCACCUCUGGGGGGGCGGCUUGGCUGUGCACCCCAGAGCAAGGCGAGCCCCUUGUUCAGUCUUUCUACCUCUUUUUGUGCCUGAGGAGCUGGUGGUUUCAUGAAUGAAUAGUAGAAGCUGCAAGAUGCUGAGAAAAAUGGAGAGUUGUAACAAAGUGCUAUUUAAUAACUAUUGUGCUAUUUAAACAGAAGAUUGAUAUUUUUGUAACACUUUUGUUUUCAAAGAGUGCACAGAGGGCAGGUGUUUGGCUUGCUGGGGGGUUAAGAUUCUGCUUGGGACCCUUGGACCCCUCGAGGCAGUGCCUGGGUUCGAGUCCCAGCUCUUCCACUUGCGAUCCAUCUUCCUUGUUCGUGCACACCCUAGGAGGCACUGAUGGCCAAGUGCUGGGGUCCCUGCCACCCAUGUGGGAGUUCCAAGCUUCUGGCUUCUGCCUGGCCCAGGCCCUGCUGUUAUGUGUGCCUUUGGGGAGUGAAUGGGAAGAGAGAUCUCUCUCUGUCUCCCCACCUUGCAAAUAAAAUGAAAAAAAUAAACAAUGCUUUUAAACAUGAAAGUGUGUUAAAGAUUUUAUGUAACGUAUUCAGGA